UUGAAACAUACCUUUAAGGAUUGAAAGUCUCAUACCUGGAGUGAUCUGAUUGAAACUUUCGUUGGAAGUGUGAGAGAUGAAGCAGCCGCGGAGUUUCCUGUGGGCGCAGAGAGACUCUGCGCAGCGCCGCAGUCACAUAGGAAAUGACUCAUAGGAGGUGAACUGUUCAGCGUGGGUGUGGGCGCACUAUUAAAACAAGGCGCAGACUCCUCCGCAUGACUCACUCUGAUGCUGGCUUUUCCAUGCUGAAAACCAGCAAGGAUUGUUAAUCAGAUGAACUUUUGGGAAUUGCGUGGCCGACAGCGAGCAGCUCUUCACCCGCAGACACGAUGGCUUCAGCCGCUCUUUGCACACUUAUCUGCGCAUUUAUUCUAGCGGCUGUGACCAGUCUACACGGCGUGAUUGCGGAGAAAAGUCAGUGUCGCAACUCGGAGUUCUGGAGCUCAGACCUGGGUGUUUGCGUGCCCUGUGCAUCCUGCAAGCAGUACCCAAAGACGCCGUCCUGCAACACAUGUAAAUCAGUGGAGGAGACGUCUCACGUGUGGAAACUGGCAGCCAUCACCAGCUUCUCGGUCCUCGGUUUUGUGCUGAUCGGUGCAGCUCUGAUCAUCGGCGUCAUGAUGCAUCGACGCAAGUCACACAAACGGCCUCUGCGAGAACCCAUCGAAGAGACGGCAGGGCCACUUUAUCAAGCUUAAACAGCUGAGUAGCCUCAUCCCACUAUGGACAGAUGUGACCGAAGCAAGGAGCCUGACGGAGGAACCUCUGAACUAUGAACUGUAUACCUUAACCUGAGUGUGUACCUUUGGCCAGAAUUGGACCAUAUUAAUUUAUUAGACUGUUAGGUGAAGAUAGAGGCUCAGUUCUCAAGCUCAGUGACCAGAUGACCUUCAAAGAGCAACCUAUGUUCACCUCUGUAGGUCUAGUAACAACAUUAUUUGUACUAGCUUGGUAUCAUGUUCAGGAAAUGUUUGUCUUUAUAUUCCAUUAACUGAGAUUCCAGUCUGAAGGACCUUUGUGGGUUUCCAGAUGUUUGAUUUCGUUAAGACUACAACUCGUGCCCUUGUGUGGACUCCAGUGAAUGUAACUUGGCCGUUUGCUGGUAUUUUACCACAACUGCAGCUCCGAACAGUACACUUAAAGAAGACAUAUUGUUCGGCACAUUAAUGCCGUUUGAAUGUAGUGAGCUUUAGGAGAAAUAUUUGGUUUGUCCCUGCCAGUAGGCCCACGUACCUGUUCUUUCAGCAGCCGACGCAGCGAUGAAGCUGCUGAUUAGGAGAACAAACUGUACUCCUGCACUGUUUUUGCAUCUCCUGAGACCAACACAGAUUUUAUCUUAUUUUUGCAUUUCAGAUCAUUCCACCGCUGUUGUAUCUGUUUUGAAUGUUGCUGAAUUUCAGAAGAGACUGAAUUUAGUCUGUUCCAGCCCUCGGUUCACAUCCCUGCCUCAGCGCUUGCAGGACAGGAUGCUUGAAACACUAGACACACAACCUCAAACUGCUAACAUGUGGGAAUGCUGCAAGGAAUGCACUGUAGAGAGGAAAAUAACCUACGGUGUUUUAGUUGGAGCUUCACAAACACAGCUGACUUUGACCUGGAAGAUCUUCCCAGAUCUCCAUCAAGGUCAGAAGAAAUUUGUUUUUGUGAAGUUUGCAGCUAAAAGAAGCAGAAAAACAUGUUAGAAUGGGUUGUUUAUCCACUUUACUUAUAGAUUUAUAAUUAGAAUAAUUAAAUAUAAUUAAUUAUUAUAACAGAAUAUGUUGUGUUCAGGAACCCUAACCUGUAACAAGGUUCAGGUAUUUUUUUAUUCCUUGGAUAUGUGCUUGUAAGGUUAACUGCUUGCCGUAUAGUGACAACAUGGCGGAAUCACUUCACGAAUAGUUUUUUGAAAGAUUUGUAUAUUAUUUAUUUUUUUAAGGGUCUGCAACACAUCAACUGUGAGGGAGAGAAGCACAUUUCAAAGGGACUCCAGUAAAGACUUUUUGGUGACAAUGUUACUGAGCAAUAACUAACAAUUUCUGCUUUGUUUUCCUGCUUUCUAUUUGACUUUUCUUCUACUGUACAUGCACUGGCUAGCCUUACUUACUUCAAACCUUUGUGUAGCAAAUAUAUUUUCACAAUAAAACUGACAACCUUUA